UAUUUAUUGUAUGUAUGUAUGUAUACGUACUAGUAUGUAGUAUCACUCUUCAUCUCCCGGGGGUUUAGGGUUUUAUAGACUCAUCGUUUUGCAGAGUGUAUUAUUGACUACCAAGGAGCAAAGAAACUCUUUCUCGAAAACCAUGGCUUUUUGGGGUGUUGAAAUCAAACCUGGAAAGCCUUUUUCUCACCAAUUCGAUGCUUCCAAAGGCCGUCUCCACAUUUCAAUGGCCACUUUGGGACUUGGCAGUGCAAUUACAAAAAGCACACUGCAAUGUAAUGUGGGAAACAAAAGCCCUAUUUAUCUUUGCUCUCUUUAUCCUGGAAAAACAGAGUCUUUGCAAUUGAAUUUGGAGCUUGAAGAAGAUGGUAAAGUUGUUUUAUCCGUCAUUGGCCCUCGGAGUAUUCAUCUCUGUGGUUAUUAUCUGGCCCGUGGUCGCUAUUCCAAUACUAUUGAUGAAUCGGAAUCAUAUGGAGAAGAUAUAGCUGAUACAGAGACAGAGAGAUCUGAUCACAGUGAUGAAGAUGACUACGAUGAUAGUUUUAUUGAUGACGACGGUGAUCCAGCAGUUUUCCCACCAUCUCCUAUUUCCAAUGAAGAGGAAGCUUCUUAUGAUAGUGGACGAAAAAGUGUGAAAGGCAGCCGAAGACGGCUGAAGAAGAAGUACCAAAUGGUAGAGUCGGAUGAUGAUGACUGUCUUGAAGACAAGAAAAUUGUCAAUGACAGUAUGCAUGCCCAAUCUCAGGAAAUUGUUAACGAAGAUAGUCUACCAAUUUCAUCUGUUUGCAAGAAUAAAGCUUCUGGAAGGAUCUUUGAUCAGGAGAUGGAUGAUAAUGUUGACAGAGAAGCAAUUGAUGCUGGCAACAAAGAUGGUGAUGACCAUGGGAAUAGUGUUAUUGAAACAAAAUUGAUUAAUGACAAUGUUGUUCUAGAUAGUGAGACUCAUAGCAGGGAAGCUGAACCUUCAGAUCACUUGGUAGAUCCUUGCACUGUUCUGGAUGUUGGGGAAAUUAAAAAGUCAAAAAAGAAAAAGAAGGGAAAGGAAAAAGAAACAAAGAGUUCUUGUAAUGGCCAUUCCACUGAACUAGGUAGUGCUGCGCAAGAUGAGCAAAACAUGAACAUGACCCAGGGGGAUCUUCUGGUUGGAAAUGAAGAGCAUCAGAAGCAAUCUGAUGACAAGAAAACUGAAACCACAGAUAAAAUACUACCUUCCUCACAGGUUGGUCAAGGACAGGAUGAAAAACCCAAGAGAAAAAGGAAGGAACGGCCAAAGGAGGAGACAUUUGUUACUGCUGAUGGUGCUUCUAUUAGCAAUCUUGUUAACCCGUCUCAGGGAACUGAACACGCAAUUAAUGAGGAUGUUAAGAUUUCAGACAUUGUUGCAUUGCCUUCCACUGAAACGGAUUCUCAAAAGAGAACAAAGAGGAAAAAGAAAGAACAUAUAAACAAAGCUUCACAUCCUGAAAGUGACAAUGGAAACGAUGAAGGUACCAUUCAAGAUAACAAAGCAAACAAAGAGACAGCAGAUUCCGAUAGUAAAGUUUCUGAAAAGAAAGAGCAAGAUCAAAAGCUAACAAUUGAAAACAGUGUGGACAAUGGUGUUCAUGACAAUCCUGAUGGAAAUCAAUCUGAAGUUAAGAAAGUUAAGAAAAAGAGGAAGAAGAGUAAAAGUCAGGGCAAUGAAGAUGUAAAUUCUCAUGUGCCUGUAUCUAUUGAGGAAACUACUGAGAUGAUGAUAGUGGAUGGAAAUAACAUUAAUAUGGAGGAUUCAGAGCCUUCCCAAGUUAGAACAUUGGAAAAUGGGCUAGUUGUUCAAGAGCUAGAGAUAGGGACAGAAAAUGGGAAAAUUGCUGCAUUAGGGAAAAAGAUCAGCAUCAAUUACACUGGCAAGUUGAAGGAAAAUGGAGUGGUAGUUGAUUCAAAUGCUGGCAAAGCUCCUUUCAAAUUUCGCCUUGGCAAAGGAGAAGUUAUUGAAGGUUGGGAUAUUGGCCUUGAAGGCAUGCGAGUUGGAGAAAAGAGAAGACUUGUAAUUCCACCAUCAAUGACGUCUAAGAAUGAUGGAGACAAUGCUGACAUACCACCAAAUUCAUGGUUGGUUUAUGACUUUGAACUGGUUAAAGUUCAUUGAUUACUCCAUCCAUCCAACUGCUUGUGGCUGGGAUAAGUUAUGGAGUCAGGAGGCAAUACAGUUGGGCAAUCGAAAACCGGAUUCAAAUGUAUCAUAACAGUUUUUUGUUGAAUCUCUGGUGAUUUAGCCCCUAUUGAUUAGUUUUUGCUAUAGAAUAUAGUUGCUUUACUCUGCAACCAAAUCCAAAGUUUUGUUUAUUUCAGAUACAACGUUAAAGACCAAAAGCAAUGUGAAUUGACGGUGGAAAUAAUUAUGGUGUUUAAGAUACAUGUGUUUUUGUUUGGCCCCAAAUACAAGGCUGAAGUGGGUCACAUUUGAUCACAAAAACAUCUUUGUUCCAAAGCUUAUGUCUUAGUUGACAAAUCUGUUCCAAAUAAAAAAGGCACCAUCUUUGUUUCCUAUAUUGAUGUCUGUCGGAUUGUAAUAAUAAAUUGAUAAAGUUAAUCUCUGGUUUUUAAACUAUAAA